AUGGCGGACCUGCAAUUGAUUCUCCAGCCGGACAUCGAGAAGCUGAACAAAACCAUCCUCUGCUACGCCGAAACCAUCUACCGUCUCAAUGGCCUCUGGGAAGGCCCCGACCCCCUCACCCCCCUCAUCUCCCUCUUCCUCAUCCAGCUCACCUUCUCCAUGUGCUUCGUCCACCUCCUCCUCGUCCUCCUUAAACCCUUCAACCAGCCCCCCUUCGUCACCGAGAUCAUCGGAGGGAUUCUGUUGGGGCCUUCGGCGUUUGGGCGAUUCACAGCUUACAGAAGAUUCCUCUUCCCCAGCUUCUCCUUCAAGAUCUUAGAGCCAAUGGCGCAUUUAUCCAUCACCUACUACGCCUUCCUCGUCGGCCUCAAAAUGGACGUCAAAUCCGUCGUCCGUACGGGCCCCGCCGCCGCGAAAGUCGCCGUCGCAGGAAGUUUCAUCCCUUUCCUCGUCGGCUCCGCCGUCUACUUCGCCUUUCCGUUGAACGCCUCCUCCAAAGCUGGCUUCGUUUUCUGGGGCGCCGCCCUCACCGUCACCGGAUUCUCCGUCCUCACCAGAAUUCUCGACCUCCACCAGCUACUCCAUACGGAGAUCGGAAAAACCGCCGCCGGCGCUGCCCUAAUUACAGAUAUCUCCGGCUGGGGGCUUCUCGCCAUCUCCUUCGCCAUUACCAGCACCUACAGCAAUGUUGAGUGGUCGAUUAUUAGCUCCGCCGCGUACGUCCUCUUCUGCGCGUACUGGCUCCGGCCGGCUCUGGGGUGGAUCAUUCUGAGGACGCCGGAGGGGCAGGGGUACAGUGAGUUCUACAUCUGCGCCAUUGUUAGCGGUAUGUCGCUGAGCGGAGUUGUGGCGGACAUGUGCGGAACGCACCCUAUGAUUGGAGCCUUCGUCUUCGGGUUAGUUAUACCUAACGAAGUCCUUGAGGCCGCCAUUGUUGAUAAGCUCGAGGAUUUCGUGGUCGGAAUAAUGAUGCCUGUUUAUGCUGUCGUCUGUGGACUCCGAUUCAACAUCGAUUCCGUCGGGUACGAGACCUCCUGGUUCAUCGUGGUGCUGAUCGUCGUCCUUGUCUGCUCUGUGAAGAUCAUCAGCUGCCUCGCCGUCAGCCUCUUCGCCGACUUCUCCGCCGGCGACGCCGUCGCCAUGGGACUGCUGUCAAAUGCUAAAAGCAUUAUGGUUCUGUUCUUUCUAGAAGCAGGGCAAAUCCAGGGCGUUUUAAGCACGCAGGCGUAUUCGAUAAUGGUAAUGGCGGUUCUGGUGAUGACGGUGACGGUGACGCCGGCGGCGAAGUGGUUCCGGCCGAUGCAGAACGCGGUGCCGUACAAUCGCCGGACGAUUCAGAAAGCGAAAUCGAACGAAAUUCUCCCGAUCCUCGCCUGUAUCUACACGAUGCGCAACGUCCCCGCCGUGAUCAACAUCCUUACGACGUCGAACGCGUCGGAAAGUUCUCCGAUCGCCGUUUAUGCUCUCCAUUUAGUGGAGCUCGUCGGCCGCGCGACGACGAUGCUCAUCGUCCACACCUCGCGGAAGGCCGGCGGCCACCGGAAUCCGAGCAGCGUCGAGGCGCAGGCGGAUCAGCUUAUCACCGCCUUCGACAACUACGAGCUCCGGUCGGAAGGCGUCACGACGGAGGUGCUCACCGCGCGGUGUCCGUACACCACCAUGGACGACGACGUCUGCACCAUCGCCGAGGAGAAGCACGCCGCCUUCAUCGUCAUCCCCUUCCACCGCCAAAUCAACGAAGAAGGCGAGAUGGAGGACGUUGAUCCGUCGAUCCGCACCGUCAACGAAGGCAUCCUCGCCAACGCCCCCUGCUCCGUCGGCAUACUAAUCGACCGCGGCUUCGCCGAGAAGUGCGACCGCGCCACCAAUAUUGCCGUCCUCUUCUUCGGCGGCGCCGACGACCGCGAAGCACUAGCGUACGCCUGGAGAAUGGCGAGCAAACCUGACGUCAAACUCACCGUGGUACGUUUCCUCUCGAGCGCAGAGGCGGCGGCGGCCGCCGCCGCCUCCUCCGCCGCCGGCCGAGCUCCGAUGGAUCAAAUCGAUACCAACCAUAUGUCCGUACACAUCGAUUACGAAGGGGAGAAGCUUCUAGACGACGAUUACUUAAGCACGUUCAAAUCGGCGACCAUUAAAAGCAAUUCGAUCAGCUACUGCGAGCUGGUGCUGAACGACGAGGAAGAAGCGAUAAAGGCGAUAAAAUCGAUGGACGAGCACGAGCACGAUCUGUACAUGGUAGGGCGGGGGAGAGGUAUGCUGUCGCCAUUGACGUCGGGGCUGGCGGACUGGUGCGACUGCCCGGAGCUAGGUCCGAUCGGAGAUCUGCUGGUGACGUCGGAGUUCGAAUCGAAAUUCUCGGUGCUGGUGAUGCAGCAGUACACGAAGGCGAACAAGCAGAGGGAUAUUCAUCAGAGUUCGUUCAGAACGGCGAGCUCGGUGAGCUACGGAGAGGAAGUUCCGAUACGGCCGUCGGUAAGUGACAGCGAAGUGUUUGAAUCGUUUGACAGUUUCAGGAAGUGGAACCACGAAGAUUGAGGGGAGAAGAAGAAGAAGAAGCUGUCAUACAAUCUGUAAAUGAACAUUACUUUCUGAACAAAUUUUAUUUGUUGUAUCGUUUAAUACUUUAUGAGUUACUUUUCGGCCCAGCAAUUGUUUUUGUGCAU